AUCCCCGAAUGGUUCUUCUAACACAUGCUACCCUGCCCAUAUGAUUCAGAAGCGUCCUUUUUGGAGGUUGCUCUGAUCUCUUUACACCUCGCUACUGUCGCUCUGAUCUCUUCUGUUAAUCGCAGGUUCUUGCCGCUUGCGUCUUUGAAGUUCUGUACUACUUGGAGUUUUGCACAAGGAUGGCUGCAAUUUACAGUCUUUAUAUCAUUAACAAAUCAGGGGGUCUCAUCUUCUACAAGGAUUAUGGGUUAGCAGGAAGAAUGGAUACGAAUGAUAGUUUGAGAUUGGCAAGUUUGUGGCACUCGAUGCACGCCAUCUCUCAGCAAUUGUCCCCUAUUUCUGGCUGCUCUGGUAUCGAACUCCUUGAAGCUGACACAUUUGAUCUCCAUUGCUUUCAAUCUCUUACUGGGACGAAGUUUUUUGUGGUAUCAGAACCUGGAACACAGCACAUGGAGCAUCUGUUGAAACAUAUUUAUGAACUAUACACAGAUUAUGUUUUGAAGAAUCCAUUUUAUGAGAUGGAAAUGCCAAUUCGGUGUGAGCUCUUUGAUAUCAACUUGUCGCAGGCAAUACAGAAGGACCGUGUUGCGUAUCUUGGCCGAUGAAUCAAUGCAAACAAACCCAUUAAAAACUUUUUAAUUUCAGUUUGAACCGAAGAAUGUCUGGUAAGUGGUGUUAUUACUUUCCAAGUGAAUUAGACAGACAUGUUAGCAACCAACACAAGUAGCAGACCUUUUGGGAUAUAAAUGAUUGUAAUUGUUGUUGCCUGUUCUAAGCAAAAUCCUUUUCUUAAGCCAGGGUUUACAGGUACAAGUACAUGAUGCUAGCAUGGGAUUUAGUGGGUGUGUUUGUAAACUUGUAUAUGAGGUCUUCAUAGACAGUCUCUUCACUCCUCUGGGUAGAGCUAAGGUAAGGUUUAUGUACAUCUUACCCUUUGUAGACCCUACUUCAUGUUGAUUGGAUUAUCAAAAAUGUUGGAUGAUUGCCCGCAUUAAAUCAUCAUUUUC